AUGCGAGCUUCAUUACAGCCAAUCUUCAAGGAUAAUCAGAGACCAGACCAAAGUGGAGUCAUUCUGCCUGGGGACGAGCUCGUCAUGAUCGAUGGCGUCAGUCCACCCAAGGAAGAGCAGCUGACGGGCCCCGAGGGCUCCUACGUCGUUCUCACCUUCUUACGGACAUCCGGGGAGGAGGAGAGGAGCGAGCCAAGAGUCCUUCCCGCCAUCCCGUUGGCUGCACAAGCGAAAAGCACUGAAGGUUUCACCUUCUCGCUCAAUCUGAUGCGGGGAGGAAUCGAGUUCAUCGAACUUGCACGUGGGUCGUAUGAGCUUCAAGUCCGAUGCCAAGACCUGCAGGCCCUGGUUCAAGAUGCUGAGGCCGUCGCGGAUGAGAACGUGCGACUGAAGGUCCUGAUGUUGGUGGAGGAGUGA